AUGCGAGCCGCGUUGGUAAAGCGAAGCACCUCCCGCCUGCACCCCCUGACCAGGGGGCCUUGCGCGAGCUCGCUGCGCUGGUUCGGGACAGCAAAGAAGGAGACUGCAAAGGCCACGGCCGCGCACGCUUCAACGCCGCUGGAAGCGUCGAACCUGCCAGACCCGCGAGCGUUCGCGCAGGAGAAGGCCUUCUGGGCCACGCAGGAACCGCUUAAGCAGAAGCGCCUCCAGGCCAAGGAGAAGGGCGAGGCAUGUCUUCCUUUCUCCCAUCACUGCCCAAUCCUCUCGCCGCACUUUGUGUUCCUUGAGGGUUCGGGUGGUGCUGGCAAGAAGGAUCUCCUGUGGCGCUUGAACAAGAUGGGCCACGAAGUCGUCUUCCAUCCCUACCUCACCUUCCUUCUUGACAGCCAGUACCCCUACACGCCCACGCGGGACCACGACAUACUGCAGGUGCGGUGGGGCAACAAGAUCAUCAAUGCCUUGGAGAACAUCGCCUCGCUGUCCAAGACCGGCAAGGCGUACAAGAGCAACCUGGUGUUCGUGCAUCGAAGUCCCAUUUCAUCCUACCACUAUGCCCGCGAUAGGAAUCCUGACGAGGCCGCGCUCUACCUCUCCCUCAUGCGCCAGAUCACAACAGAGCGUCUGGGCGAGCGUCUCAUGGUACCUCCCGAGAAGGAGAAGGCCCUGCGGCGGGAGUUGGGCGAGUCGACCGACCUGGACGUCAUCCAGCGCGAGAUCGACGCCUACGAGCGACUGCUUCUGACCCCACCUUCUACUGAGCGAGAGCACCACGGCAUCGGCGCCACGGUGAUCCUCAAGACCUACGGCGUAGAGAUGAACUGGGUGUGGGAGGACCUCAAGAAGACCUCCUCCCCUCCAGCCCACUAA